AGACAAUAAAAACCAGGAGCACGCUUUGAGGGGAUUAUAACGUCCUGCUGUACCUCGUAGAAACCUGAAGCAGGACGCGCGCGGGCACGAAGUGGAUGAUAACAUGCCCAUGUCGCGGAGCACUGUACACUUAUCAAGUCCGCUCACUUAUCAUGCGUUGCUCACCAAUUUUCGCCCCACACUUGAAUAUCCAAAAAUUCGGCGGCCGUGUGCAACUUUGGAAUCCCCACCUCCACCAAAUUCCCAAACAGCCAGAACGACCUCAUUCAAGGCGACGGUUACCGCUCGGAUCGGAGGUUCAUCUACUAGACACAUCGCAAAGAUGGCAGCUCAAACAAAGCACGAUUGGGCGGACGACGAGGAUCUCGAGGAGACGACGACGACGACAGAUCUGCCGCCGCCGCAGAAGAUCAAUAACAAGGAUGGAAGCACAACAAUCAUUGAGUACCGCAUCAACGACCAGGGGCAAAAGGUGAAGACGACGCGGCGCGUGCGGUACAUUGUCCGCCGCGAGGUGCUCAACCCACGGGUGGCGGAGCGAAAGACGUGGGCCAAGUUUGGCGACUCGGCCAACGACGGGCCGGGCCCGGCCAGCGACACGACGACGGUCGGCGAGAACAUCAUCUUCCGGCCGUCGGUCAACUGGCGCCGGGAGGCCAAGGACGAGGCCAACGACCCGAACGCGCAGGCCAUGAAGGACAAGCUCAGGGACAAGAAGGUCAAGUGCCGCAUCUGCAACGGCGAGCACUUCACCGCGCGCUGCCCCUACAAGGACACCAUGGCGCCCAUCGGCGAGGCGGGCGCCGCCGACGUGGCCGCCGGCCUGGGCGACGACACGGGAGCGGGUGCUGUCGGCGCUGCCGGGCCGGGCAAGAAGGGCUCGUACAUCCCGCCCGCGCUGCGCGCGGGUGCGGCGGGGCAGGGCGAGCGGAUGGGCGGCAAGUACGGCGAGCGGGACGACCUGGCCACGCUGCGUGUUACAAAUGUGUCCGAGAUGGCAGAGGAGCAAGAACUGCGCGAGAUGUUCGAGCGGUUCGGCCGCGUCACCCGCGUCUUCCUGGCCAAGGACCGCGACACCGGUCUGGCCAAAGGCUUUGCCUUCAUCAGUUAUGCGGAUCGCGAAGACGCAAUCAAGGCUUGCAACAAGAUGGACGGCUUUGGUUUCAGGCAUUUGAUUCUCAGGGUGGAAUUCGCGAAGAAGGCUCAGUAAAUAACCCACGGAAGACGAUCGCGUGUGCUUUGGGUGGAAACCGGACCGAGACUGGAAACCCGAAAAGCAUGCAUUUUUUUUUUCCUGCGAGUCUGGGCUGGGCUUGAGUCGAGUUGUAUGUUGCGCAUAUGAUUCCGGGAAUGACCCAUGUUCUCGAUGGGUAAUGGCGGUUGGGUGACAGGUGCAGAGACGAGCCGGUCCUCAGUCAGGCGAGAGCGCUAUGCUCUGAAGACGCACGAAUUCAACGAGAUUAGAGGCGUCAGGUGCAUGUUAUCAUUUUGUUUUUAUUAGACCGUGGCAUGGUGUGAGCUUGAAGGCCCAUCCACACCUGCGUAAAUUGAACGAGCAACAAUUGAGCUUGAAGGCCCAUCCACA